AUGGAGCAAAGAUUUAGCAUACCUUAUCUUGCUGGAGCAAACCACCAACAAGAUGCUGUGGUCGUCUCUGCUCCCAAUAUCUCAAAACAUCGAACAAUAAUGAUUAGUAAUGAUUUCCCCAGUCCAUACAUAUCUUCUCUGGCAGAAUUUUCAGCAUCACAGUUGUCCCCUUCUUCAUUUAAUCCAUUUACUCAAUCUUCUGAUAUUUUGAUGACGUCCUCAACAUCUACAACUAAUCAUUCAAAUUAUGUAUCACCAACACCAUCUCCAUCUCCCACUGCUAUUGCCGGAGAAUGUUGCACGGAAUGUUGUCCGGUGGCUGCUGCCGAAGCUGCGACAACCAAGCAGAAUGGUGCUGAUGCAACAGAAGAUUCUGAAUUUCAAAGGUUUUCGUUUUCAAAAUAUCCUCAAAUAUUUGAUUAUGGAUUGAGACUACCCACUUUUGGUCAGCCUCAAUCAACACACAUCCCACUAUCGAAUGGUCUCAAGACAUCUUCAGAUCAUAUUUCGACAAUAUUUGCAUGUGACGAAAAUCAUGAACAAAUUUCUCCAAUUAAUCACGUAUCACCUAUAAUAAAUAGUAAUGAAACAGGAAAUCAAAAUAUUUCAUCCAGCAUUAUCUCACUUAAUCACGACAAUACUUCAUCAAAUGGAUCGUUACAUUCAACAUUCACGUUUCCAUCGUCACCAGAUAUAGAAGUGAUUCGAGACGAAAUCAUACUUAAUUCUUCUAGUCCACGUUCUCUCUCGGGAGACUCAACUUCAGAUGGUUUUGGCUCCGAGACAUCAUCAACCUUAAAUUCUGUCAAUUUAACAAUUAACACUAAACGAAAAGAAAAUCCUCUAUAUGAUGAAGCAAGUGAUGAAAUGCGUUGUCUUUGGUCAACUUGUGCCGCUGUAUUCGGAUCAAUCGAUGAAUUAGUUCCACAUCUUUCAAAAUUGCAUGUGGCUGGACGCAGUAAAAGUAAUUUAUGUCUAUGGGCUUCAUGUUCAAUGGAAAAGGAAGGGAGUGAUGAAUUGAUAGAGCAUGUGUACUCGGAUCAUUUGAAUACGCAUCAGUUUCAGCAUUGUUGUAAAUGGGAUGGAUGCUCUUUACGAUUUGAAACCUUUGAUGAAUUGACAGGUCAUGUGAGUGAGAGUCAUAUUGGCUCAGGGCGCAGUCAAUAUGUUUGCCAUUGGGAAUCAUGUAAUCGUAAUGGUAGGCCAUUUAAUCAACGGCAAAAAGUAAUGCGACAUAUACAAACUCAUACAGGGGAUAAGCCAUAUCAAUGUACAGUUUGUAAAAAACGCUUUUCCGAACCCAAUAUUAUGACGCAGCACAUGAGAACUCAUACAGGGGAACGCCCAUACAAAUGCCCAAAACCUGGUUGCGAUCGAGAGUUUUCGAUUUCUGGGGCAUUGACAAUUCAUUUACGAGUUCAUACAGGCGAGAAACCAUUCAAAUGUAAAUACGAAGGAUGUAAUAAACGAUUUGCAGAGUCUUCGAAUCUCACUAAACAUACGCGUGUGCACACUGGCGAGCGUCCAUUCAAAUGUCCAAUAGGAACGUGCAAUAAGAGAUUUUCACGUCCAGAUCAGGUGACACGCCACAUGAAAACACAUACUAAAACUUCACGCUCUGAUCAAUAA